AUGAGCCAGGCACCACUAUUAUCAAAACCGCUCCCAGGCGAGGUACUACUCCUAUACCUUUCGGUAUCCAACACUGCCAUUAGCUCAGUGUUGAUACGGAAGCCAGAGAAGGCGAAGCUACCGAUCUUUUAUGUCAGCAAGGCGCUCCAGAGCGCGGAGCUUCGGUACCCACCCUUGGAGCAGCUAGCAUUGGCCCUGGUCGUUUCGGCGCGAAAACUUCGCCCUUACUUCCAGGCGCACGAAAUCACGGUUAUGACUAACCGGCCUCUUCGGCAGGUACUCCAAAAGCCGGAAACGUCUGGCCGAUUGGUCAAAUGGGCAAUUGAGUUGGGAGAGUUUGACAUACAGUUCACACCUCCUGCGCUAUCAGAACCAUCAUCGCCGAACGCCAUCCCUACCGCACCGGAGAAAAUGGAUACCGAACGUUUCGACACUUCUCAAGGCUGUGGUGCCGGCUUGGUGUUAACCACUCCAGACGGUAGCAAAAUCGAGUAUGCCCUCCGAUUCAACUUCCGAACCUCUAAUAACGAGGCAGAAUAUGAGGCCCUCCUGGCUGACCUUCGGCUAGCCAAGAGCAUGAGCGCGAGGCAGAUCAGCAUUCACAGUGACUCCCAGCUCAUAGUAAAUCAGAUAACGGCAGACUUCGCAGCGAAGGAUGCCUCCAUGUCAGCCUACCUAUCGGCAUCUCACCAACUACUACAAAAAUUCCAGGCCUACGAGAUACGGCAGAUCCCCAGGUCAGAAAACAGCCACGCCGACACGCUCUCACGAUUGGCUUCGGCAAUAAAUGACAAGAUCAGAAGGAAGGUACCGGUGGAGAUAUUAUCCCAACCGAGCACAACCGCCGCUGAGGUGUGUACCAUUCGGUACGAAGACACAUGGAUGUCUCUAAUCUAUGCCUUCCUGACAACCGGAACCCUUCCUACCGAUAAGUCCCAAGCUCGAAAACUCCGUUAUCGAUCGGCAAGAUACACAGUCAUCAAUGAUGUUCUGUACAAGCAAGGCUACACGACGCCGUAUCUAAAAUGCCUGACCAAGGAGCAGGUGGACUACAUCCUUCGGGAGGUCCACAGUGGAAUCUGCAGUGACCACUCUGGAUCCCGAUCUCUCGCACACAAGGUCUUCCGACAGGGGUAUUUCUGGCCGACUCUGCACCAAGACGCGAAUACAUUAGUCAGAAAGUGUGACAAAUGCCAGCGAUUUGGUAGUGUCCCUUAUAUUCCUGCCGAGCCGCUGUCACCGAUCGUGAGCCCGUGGCCGUUCGCCCAAUGGGGAUUAGAUCUAAUUGGUCCAAUGCCAGAGGGCAAGGGUCAGGUCAAAUAUGCCGUUGUUGCCGUAGACUACUUCACCAAAUGGGUCGAAGCCAAAGCCUUAGCAACGAUAACGGCAGCCAGAAUCGAAGAUUUCGUCUGGACGAACAUUUGUUGCUGA